UAUGGCAUAUGUUUUAUUGUUGUUUUUGUAUGUAUUACACAAUCAAAUAUUCGCAAAAACAAAGCGAUUGCUUAAUGCUAUUUCUAGAAUUAUGUAUUAAAGAAUGAAGAAGGUUCAAGGAAAUGAUUCUUUCCAACGAAUAAACUAUUUAUAUCAAAUAAGUAAACAAAUAUCGGGUAUUAAUCCAGCACUGUCAUCAUACUAUGGAAGCCUUGCUAUUAAUGUUGCAAAGAAAAGUGUUCUUAAAAUUCACCCAGAUAUAAAAAGGCAAAUAUGCAAAAAGUGCAAAUGUCUACUCACCAACCAGACAAGUGAUGUGAAAAUAAAGAAUCUCAAUAAAUCAAAAUAUGUUCAGCGUAUUUGUAAAAUUUGUAAAACAAAGAAAAUAUUUCCGGCAGAUAAAAAUAAAGAACAUAAAAUCUGGUUAGAGAAAGCAGAGGCAGUAGUGGAAGUUAUCACCCAAGAUUAAUAAAUAAUUAUUUAAUGACUU